UCUUCCUUAUGACCGGCGAUAGUAAUGCCCUUGGACUUGGUUGCCCUUUCUCCCCCUUACUGUGUCAGCCGCGAGCUGCCGGCGGGCGGCGAAUCCUCAGAAGAAGUCUCUCUGCCGUCAUCUUACCAUCUCCUCUUCGCUUCUCGGCCACUGCUCAACGCCUAUCUCGGAUUCUCCGGUUCCCUUCCGUACAAAUGGCGUCGUAUCUCAACGACGUUCGAUCAACUGCUCCGAUCGGUCAACCGGAGCUCCAUCAACUAAACGACGAAUCCGAUUUUGAAAGGCUCCUCUCUCCCGACGGCGGCUAUAUCUCCGUCUGCGGCUUUGGCUCUCUCCUUUCUGAGGCGAGCGCGAGGAGUACAUUCCCCUAUCUCAUCAACUUCAGAAUUGCGAGAUUGAAAGGCUUUCGACGCGUCUUCGCUCACACUGCUGCGGAUUUCUUUGAGAGCGGCAUCGCCAAACCAGAGACAAAGGAAAUUUCAAGCUUAAGUGUGGAGCCUUGUGAAGGUGAAACCUUGGUUGUCACUGUUUUUGAGAUUCAAAGAUCAGAGAUUCCAUCUUUUAUUGAGAGGGAACACGAGUUUCGAUUUGUAGCUGUCCUGCCUGAAACACUGGACGGGAAGCCGUUCAGUAAUCCAGCAGUCCUUUGUGCUCGUUCCAGUGAUGAGGAAUAUUUCAAAAUUAGAUGCAAAGGAAGCAAGGAGAUAUAUUUCCAGCGAUAUGGACGGUAUAACAUCCAUAAAAUUUGGCAAGAUGACAUCUUACCUUGCCACGUCUAUCUUCGGCAUUGUGUGUUGGCAGCAAAGAAUCUGGGUGAUGCAGCUUACAACAAUUUUUUAGAUCACACUUUUCUUGGGGACAGAAAAACAACCAUCCGUGAGUACCUCGCAACUACAGGCUCAGGCAUCAUGGAAGAGGAGCCUCCUGAAGCCCUCAAGACUCUAUACGGUGGCUGAUGCCAACAAUUCCACAGAUUACAAUUAGCAGCAAAACUUGGAAUUUUCAGGGAUGAGUCUUUCUCUCUCCUAAUGUCACAUAAAUAUUGAGGCAAAAAAAGCAGGGAAACUUGUAAAUACAGAUCACCCAGCAUUCACUUAUGAAAAAUUGGUCAGACACUGGUAGAGGGCAUUGUGACCUCCUAAAAACUGCUUGUGAAUUGUCACUCUUUGCUUCUGGGUUGAGCCCAUUAUUUUCCCAUAUGGGUUAAUGACAAUUGCAAAUGAGACAACAUGUGUGUAAUAUGAUUGUUGGUAUUUAUUUUGUAGCUUUCGGACAAUGUCUUUCGAUUCGAUCAUGAUUGCAAUUAUCCGCAGAUUGCCUCCUGUGCUUUCAUGUUUU